ACUAGUAAUGUCAAACGUCAACCUCAAAAAAGUUUCUCUGUCAUUCCCUAAUGUUAUUCAAUAAUAACAGUCUGAUAAUAUUAUUUAAUGUUCUCUGAUUAAUACAAAUGACUACAACUUAGAAAGAAAAUCUUUAUUUUGUUUUAAUGAUUCGAGUUUUAAAUAUAAACAAAUAGCGAAAUCUCCACUCCGGAAUAAACAUGUCAAACUCAACAGCAUUGGCAUCUUUGACUGCAACAUAUACUGAUUCUGAAGGUGAAGAAGAUAGAAGUGAUGAAGAUAAUGAACAAAAUAAUGGAGAAAAUAAAAACGGAUCACCAUACAGUCAAGUUACAUCGUUACCUUCUAGUCCAACUGUAGCCCCAGUAAGAGUGACAUCAAAAGUGGCAAAAUUAGUAUGCUAUCAUGAUGAUACUGUUGUCUCAGAGGAUGAGAAUGAAGUAGAUGAAACUGCACCAGCACAUGAAGUCAUACUUCUUACAGAUGAAAAUCCAAAUCCUGAAGAGGAACUCACAGAGGACGGAGUUAGCAUACCUCCAGAGCCCCCUGGUAACUGUUCAGUCGACUUACAAGACAAAAUAGCGAAAUAUUAUGAUAAAAUGAAAAAUGAGAAGUUAGAUAUGAACGCAUUCAUUGAAAAAAGGAAGGACUUCAGAAAUCCCAGUAUUUACGAGAAGUUAUUACAGUUUUGUGCUAUCAAUGAAUUGGGCACUAAUUAUCCACCUUCAAUAUAUGAUCCCUUGAAAUGGAGUAAAGAAUCUUACUAUGAAGAACUAGCUAAGGUUCAAAAAGCUGAAAUUGAAAAAAGGGAAAAAGAAAGGAAAUCGAAAGAUUUUUCAAUUGGAGGUUUGAAAAAAGAAGAUGAAUCUAGAAAAAGGAAGAGUAAAUGGGAUCAACCUGGUGGCAACAAUCCAGCAAGUAUCAGACCAGCAGGAUUAGUGCAACCACCAACUCUUACUACUAGUGCUACAGGUACCAAGAGUACUGUAAUAUCUGCAUUUGGGUCUCUACCAAAGAAACCAAGGCCAUGAAUAUUAUAUACUUAUGGUAAAAAAUUUUUAUUUGUAAAUAGAUAUUACAUUUCGAUGAUUUUGAAAUAAAACACUGUGAAUCGCCCCAA